AUGGCACCAGCGCAGCUGACGUCAGCAGCAGCAGCUCCCGCGCUCUCAGCACCUCCCCACCGCACCCAACCUCUCUCCUCAUUCGCCACGUCUCUCAGCCACCAGCCACCCACCAUCCUCCCUUCCCCGCCUGCGCCCGUGCCUCCCCGUUUUCAAGUGCCCAGCCUGCCCUGGCCUGCCCUCGCUGCUCCAGGCCAUCUGGGAGGCGUGGGUGGGGGAGGGGGUGAGGCUGUGGGUGUAGGCAAGGAUGGGAGCGAGGGCGGGGCAGCGGGGGAGUGGGAGGAGGCGGUGGUGUUGACAUUGAAGCGCGAGCUGCUGGACGUGGAGGCGGCGGCGGGCGUGGAGGCCAUGGAGGGCCCCCGGGGGCGGUCGGGCAGGCGCCGUGCAUGGCGGGCCAUGGUGAAGCGCGCUGACACCAAGCACUGGCGCAACUUGCUGCACGCCUGCAUCCUGCUGGAGCUCGCCAUCCGUGCCGACCGUCUCGCCCUGGGCUGGCGUUUCUGGUGCUCCCCGGCCGCAGCAGCCUCCUGCGCCACGCUGGCAGCGCUGGCCCUGCGCGUGCGCGCCCUCGACCGCGCCGCCCUCUACUUCAAGGGCCCCCUCCGCCCCGCCGCCGCCGCACGAGCGCCGCCCCGCGCGCACAGUGUUGGGGGCCAGGGCAAGGGAGCAGCGGCGGCGGUUGGCAGUGUGGAGUUUGACAUGUUUGACGAGGAGACCGCCGCCUCGGCAGAGGUUCUUGAGAUGCUCAAGGCGCUGGGCUGA